UCGAGCUUCAAGCCGUCGUCGUUCGUGCUAGUCACUUCUAAGCUUUCAAGAUGGCGGCACUUGCUCAGUCUGCUGUUGUGGCAGCUAUUUCUUGCGCCCCGGUUGCCUCUGGCGCUGUUGCUACCUCCAGCAGCAAGGCUCAAAGCAAUUUCUUUGCCUUGAAUGGCCUCAAGAGCGCAUCCAACUCUCUGCAGGUUGCCCAACCCAGAGAGUGGUUCUCCAAGACCGUCUCCAACAGCACCCGCGUGGAGUGCAUAAAGGUGUGGAACCCCUACAACAACAAGAAGUUUGAGACGAUGUCCUACCUCCCUCCUCUGAGUGACACGAGGAUUGCCAAGCAGAUCCAGUACCUGAUCAGCAACGGCUGGAUCCACACCAUCGAGUUCGACCAGGCUGGUGACACCACCCGCACCAACGGGUCAUGGCGCACCUACUACGACGGGAGGUUGUUUGUGCAUCUCAUGCUAGGUAGUGUAACCACCUUUUAAACUUUUUUUUUUUUUUUAGUACUUUUCAAAAUAUGAAUGGAUGUAUUUGCAUAAUAAAUCACGCCGUGAGCC